AUGAGGCUGUUCGUUCAAGCAAUGGAGGGUCACGAUCCUGCGUUUUUCAACAACCCGGCAUCAAGCAAGGUCAACACGACCCUGGCAGCCAUCGCCGAGGUGGACGGCUUCCAGGAGUACCUCGUCGCCUGCAUGCGGCUGCUCACCCAGCGUGGCAUGAUCCGCGAUCUAGGGCGAGCAGACGGGAGAGCAGACGGGAGAGCAGACGGGAGAGGAGACGAUGGGGGUAUCAGAGAGUGGGACGUGGCGUUUGGCAUCGUGCUCAGCUUCUUUCACGAGACCAUGCUGCGGUUCCACUCCCUGUUCGCUGCGGCACAGGCCAGCAGGGACCUGCAGGAGCUGGAGGGAAUGCUGGAGAGCUGGCAGGGGGAGCAGCCGGUGCUUGAUGGCCGGUACCACCAUCUGCGGUCGGUGAUUUACCGGCUGAGGAGGGCUGUUGAUGUGCGGAGUCACAGUGAGAGGCAGAGGCGGAGGGUGGAGGAAGGGCAGAUGCUGCACGAAGACUUCUUCUUCUCAGUGGCGCCAACCAUGCAGGAGGUGCUCUGCAAGGCAUCACCAUACCUCCCUCACAACCACGCCAACGAGCCGCACCACCUGCCUGCGGGCUCGGUGGCCCGGCACGUGGACAUCCAGUUCCGCCUGCUGCGCCACGACCUCAUCGCCCCGCUCUGGAGCAAGGCGCUCUUCCUCCUCCACCACCUCAACCACGAAUCCUCCACCGCCGCCCGUGGCGAUGGCAGCAGCAGCAGCACCUGGCGGAGUGGCAGCAGCAGCAGUGGUGGCAGGGAGGAGGCGAUGGGGCUGGUGCGGGCGGACAGGGAGCUGGUGAGGGGUCUGACGGAUGACAUGAAGGGCGUCGUGGGGUUUUCAUCUGAGGACAUGGACGUGUAUCUGCUCAGAGACGUGCACGUGCUGUCUAUUAACACUGAUAAGCGAAACGGCGUCUACUUUCUGAUUGACUUUCUGGAGCCUCCCAUGCCGCGUGGCCGGCGCUCUCGUAACAGUCAGCAGCACCGUCACAGGGAGCCCAUGGAACAAGGCAGUGCAGCAGAUGCAUCCUGCUCGCACCGGCUGGUAUUCGCCACCAUCACAGCGAGGGACACGGAGAGGCUCGCCACUGCCCGGCCUCAGAUCGGCGUGCAGCCGUGUGGGGGGAACGGGUUCAGUGCAGACCUGCUGGGGCUCAUCGCCCGAGACGGCAGUGCGGGGACUGCAGGGGGUGCUGCAGGGAGUGGUGGGAGUGGGGGCAGCACGCAGGUGGUGAUGCUGGAGGCGCAUGGGAGCUUCUUUGCGUAUGAGCCCAUCCUCAAGGCGCUUCAGAGCAUCACUGAGGCCUCGCUGCCCUUUGCUGAGUACAUCUGCGGGACACCUGGCAGGGCACCUGGCUGGGCACCUGGCGGGGCUGCUGUGAAUCUGGGAUAUACGCUGCCUGCAUACAUCGAAGCAGGGAUGAUGUACAACAUGAGCCUGCUGCUCAAGACCAAGGCACCAUCGUCCUCCCAGCAGGCAGACGCCACUCCAGAGGACGCGUUUGCUCUGAGCAACGUGGCCAUCUCCAACCCCACCGCCUUCCCCAUCAAUCCUCUCCUGCGCUGCACAUCACUGGACGAGCCUCAAGCAGUGGCUCUCCAGGCUGCCCUUACUCAGGAGUUCGCUCUGCUGCAGGGCCCUCCGGGGACAGGCAAGACAUUUGUGGGAAUAAAGCUGGUGGAGAUCCUGCUGAGCAAUGCCCUCAAGGGCGCUGGCUCUGGUGGAGCAAGCAGUGGGGGCGGUCUACUGGGUCCCAUCCUGUGUGUGUGCUUCACCAACCAUGCUCUGGAUCAGUUCCUGGAGGGGCUCAUCGCCAGUGGCAUCAGGAACGUGAGCUACAGGCAGUCGACCUACGAGGUGCACAGCAGGCUCAAGGAGGUGGAGGCAGUCAUCCGUGCCCACAGUGACGCCCUGCAGCACCGCAGAGACAAUGCAAUCUCGCUCGCCUGGCGCUCCAUCGCCCCGCACCUCCUCGCCAACCACCCCGGCUUCUUCUAUGCCCUCCAUGCUGCCAGCAAGGCGGCAGACAACAAAGGGUUUCAGGUUGGGGAGGGGUGGCAUGUGAGCAGCAAUGAGAGAGAUGACGGCGUGGGGGAUGAGCUGAGAGGGCUCGUUGAACUCAUGUCGUCCAUCUAUGUGGAUGCUGAUGGUGAUGGUGAUGAUGAGAGUGAUGAUGGGAGUGAUGGGGAUGGUGAGGCGGUGGUGAGAAGGCUGGGCCAUGCUAGAGGCGGCAGCAGUGGUGGUGGUGUAGGGCUGGCGACAGGCAGCGGAGCUGCUGCUGGCUUGCGCUCUUGGCUUGGGCGUGCGGCGACAGGGGGAGCAGGGCUGCAGAGAGGAGGGGGAUAUGGAAAUGAGAGCAGUGGGGCAGAGAUAGGGGGAGGCAUGUGGGGGGCUCAGGGCCGGCAGCAAGGAGGGGUGAGUGUGGAGGAUCUAUCCCAAGCAUUUGGUGACUUGAACAAGCAAACAGGCAGGGGCGAAUGGGAGGAGCAGGUGGAGGAGAAUCUGAUGGAAUCAGUGGAGGUAGAUGAAACGAGUGACCGAGAGAUUGAGGAGUUGCUGUGCGUGGCGGAUCCAUGGGUGACCAGUGCGCAGGAGAGGCGGAAGCUGCUGGAGCACUGGGUGGGGGAGUUGAGGGACACAGCGAAUGCUGCUAUCGAGGCCGAGGUUGAGAACUUUGCAAGGAAGGUGAAGGAGCGCAGUGAGUUGCAGCAAAUGGAGGAGUUGGAGAUCCUAGAGAGGGCGCAGGUGGUGGGAAUGACCACGUCCGGUGUGGCUAAGAUGCAGCGCCUCAUCACGGCGCUCGGUCCACGCGUCGUCAUUGUGGAGGAGGCCGCUGAGGUGCUGGAGGCGCAUAUUCUCACCUCGCUCACCCCUCGCACCCAGCACGUCAUUCUUAUCGGCGACCACCUGCAGCUGCGGCCUAAGGUGGAGGUGUACGAGCUGAGCAAGGACUCGCACAAAGGCUUCGACCUGGACGUCUCUCUCUUUGAGCGCCUCGCACUCUCCAGACGCCUGCCCGUGUACACGCUCGCCACGCAGCGCCGCAUGCGCCCUGAGAUUGCCGACCUCAUCCGCUGCACCAUCUACCCCGCUCUGCAGGACCACCCCCUUGUGCACGGCUAUCCUGACGUGCGCGGCAUGGCAUGCAACCUGCACUUCUGGGACCACGACUGCCCUGAGAGCGGCUUAGACGACUUCAACGAGGGCAAGUCCAAGAGCAACGAGGGCGAGGCGGCCCUGGUGGUGGGUCUCGCCACGUACAUCCUACAGCAGGGGUACACGGGAGGGGAGAUCACCAUCCUCACUCCUUAUGUAGGCCAGCUGCUGAAGCUGCGCCAGGCGCUUUCUCAGGUGGUGGAUGUGCGACUGGGGGAGAGGGAUGCGGAGGUGGUGGAGGAGGCGGAGGAGAAGGGUGGAGCUGGGGAAGGUGGAGGUGAGGGAGAGGAGAGCACGGUGGUGAUAAUUUCUCUCGUGCGCAACAACAUGGACGGCAAGAUCGGAUUCCUCAAGAGCCCCAACCGUACCAACGUGCUGCUCUCCCGCGCCAAGCAUGGCAUGUACAUCAUUGGCAACGCGAGCACCAUGAGAGCGAGCUCUAAGUCCGUGCUCUGGCCGCGAAUCCUCACCAUCCUGCAGAGCAGGGGGCGCAUUGGAAGGUCCAUUCCCCUGCGGUGUGUGAACCACAGCGACACGGUGACGCACAUUCAUGAGGCGAGGGAGUUCAGGGAGAAGGCCAGUGAGGGCGGGUGCUCCCAGAUGUGCGGCUUCCGCCUCACCCCCUGCGGUCACACCUGCCCCCGCAGGUGCCACGGCGAUGACAGGGCACACGCGAGGGCGUUCUGUCCCAAGGAGUGCAACUGGAUCCGGCCACUGGAGGAGUGCCCGUACCAGCACACGUGCCCCAAGCAGUGUGGGGAGCCCUGUGGCCCCUGCUCGGUCACCAUCAGAGAGCUCACCCUCCCGUGUGGCCAUCCAGCCUUCAAUGUUCCGUGCUUCCAAGCUCAGAAGCCCACCUCCAUCUUCUGCCCGGAGAGAGUGGAGGUGACGAUGCCACUGUGCGGGCACAAGCAGACAGUCAAGUGCAGCGAGGCGGCAGCCAGGACAAGCAACCCCAAGCUCUGCACCGCUCGCUGCGGGGCUGUGCUCGAGGAUUCCUGCGGGCACACGUGCAUCUCUCCCUGCGGCCACUGCAUCCUUGACCCAGCUGCCACCACAGAGCCCCAGCAGACACAGGCACAGCAGCAGCAGCAGCAGCAGCAGCAGCAGGUGCAGCAGCAGUUGGCAAGGAAGCACAGGAAGUGCAUGCAGCGGUGCGAGCGGCCGCUCCCCUGCGGUCACCUGUGUCCCGACACCUGCCACAGCGACCGACCCUGCAGCCCCUGCACGCGCAAGUGCCUCGUGGCCUGCCAGCACAGCUCCUGCCCGCAGCCCUGCCACCGCACCUGUGCCCCGUGCGCCGAGCCUUGCGGGUGGCGCUGCAUUCACCAAGGGGCGUGCUCCCUCCCCUGCGGCGCCCCCUGCGACCUCCUCCCCUGCGAGGAACGGUGUGAGAAAACGCUCAAGUGCGGCCACCAGUGUCCGUCUCUCUGUGCUGAGAAAUGCCCUUCGGAGGCGUUUUGCACGGCUGCUGGGUGUGGGGCAGCGGAGAAGAAAGGGUUGACAGUGGAUCUAGUCACACUGGAGACGCUGGGGGAGAUUGAACCGGAUGAGAGCCCUGUGCUUGUACUGGGAUGCGGACAUGCUUAUACGGUGGAUACGCUGGAUGGCCACAUGGGGUUGAACCAAGUUUAUUUAGUCGCGGAUGGUGGGUCUGGUGGGGUAACUGGGGGUGCGAGUGGGUCUAGUGGGAUGAGCGCAGGUGGAGGGAAGUGUGGGCGCAAGUGGGUGGCAGUGCUACCGUUUGAGGAUGGUGAUUUGUCUGCUCUCAAGGGCUGCCCAGAGUGCCGUCAGCCUAUCACAGGGCUCCGCCGUUAUGGCAGGAUGGUGAACAAGGCCCUGCUGGACCAAUCAGAGCGCAAGUUCGCUCUCAGCUGCUUGGCAGACCAAGAAGCGGUGCAGAGGAAGCUAGCCCGGUUGAGCCAGGUGAUUUCCUCACUCACAGAAUCCGCUCAGCCCAGGCGACUGCAGGAGGUAGCUCAGGCGGCAGCACGCCUGGUGCAUGAGACAGGCCAGCUGUGUGCCACCGCUGGGAACCCACCAACGCAGCAGACCUACCAGGCCUCUGUAGCGGCCCUACAGAGACGACACUACAUGCUUGGGCAUAGGUCACUCGCCAUUGAUAGCAGGAAGGGCAGGCAAGGGCGUGUGGGGUCGUCUGAGUCCACAUGGGAGGAGGAGUGCCAGUUGCUGUAUGUCCCCCACCCGGAUCCACGCCCCCUCUGUGAAGCGCGCAUGAUGCUAGGGAAGGCCUUCCAGCUGCUAAUGGCAGCAAACUUCCUCCAACUGCGGAACCUCCUGGGGAAUCUCCGGAGGACUCUGGCUGGCGCGAGCGGGGAGAGCAGCAGCAGCAGCAGCAGCAGGAGGAAGAUGGUGUAUCUGACGCGCUGUGUGGAGAGGUGCAGGGAGGUGGUGCGGACGAGUGUGAGGAGCGCGGAGAGGCAUGUGGGGGAGGCGGUGGAGUGGGCUGGGCGGCGCAAGGCGGUGCGGCUGGAGGCGAGGGCACGGCUGGAGCUGGUAGAUGUGUUGUGUGCGUUCGUGCAGGGCUUGAUGGCGGAACGCCUGCUCUCUAACACCCCGGCUGCCCUGGAUAUGGCAAAGAGGCAGCAGCUGGAGUAUCUGGAGAAGGCCAGGACACAGUGUGGCAUGGUGGCCAAUCACCACUUGCUCUCCAUCAGAGUCGAGGCCAGCCUUGGAGAAAGCGCUCGGAAGCUGCUCGAUGAGGAGCUACCUGCCCUGGAAGCAUGUGUUGAGGGCGCGCCACGUUACUUCGCGCUGACGGAGCGUGAGAAGGGUGAUGUGUACAGAGCGAUAGGUCUGGGACGAGGGCACUGGUACCGGUGCCCGAACGGGCAUGUGUAUGUGAUAGGGGAGUGUGGCAGGGCGUGGGUGGAGUCUCGUUGUCCUGAGUGCAACGAGGUUGUGGGUGGGAGGAGGCAUGUGCUGCGUGAAGGCAAUGCCAGUGCAUCUGACUUCUUUCGCGGGGCCUGA